AUCUGUCGAAAUUUAAUCGCUCUCUCCGCCUCUCCGCCUCUCCUUCGUCCACUUCUCUGGUCGCCUCCGCUCCCACGCACUCCUAGCUCCCCAUGACGGGGGGCUCGCCGUUGCCGAGCCAAGCCGGAGCAACGCCCAGCCGCCUAAAGCAGAAUGCCCCUGCGUCUUCCGCCUUCGCCUCCUCCUCCACCUCCUUAGGGACGGACGAAGCGGACGAGGGGGGCAUUGAGGAGCUAGAGAGGGAGGUGGCCGAUCUGGGCCGCCGAACACUCGAGCACCGCCGUGACGCCGCCGCCCGCUUCAUAGACGCAACAAUAUCGCGCCUCGUCGCCUUCCGCCCGCCCGCCUGCGUAGAAGUUCCAAGUGAAGCACAAUCUACCGCUGCAACCUCGCACGCUGAAGCUGAACAAAAUAUGGUUGAAAAGCUAAAGUUGUUCAAAUCCAAGACUGAGGCAAAUAUCGCGGCCGUGCCCAAGGUACUGGAGAAAAUGAACGCAUGUAUUGCUCGGAUGGAGAAGGUGGAGGGAUUGAAUGUGAAUAUACAUCCUGUUUUCCAAAGAAAAUGGUAGCAGUAAUAUUGUGCUUUUGCUUUAUCCAUUACGUGUGGGGCUGCUUGCUCACUCAGCAAAUGUACCAUUUGUAACAUGUUGGUGUUGAAAUAGCCUGAUUCAAAUAGUACUUAGUUGGGAUCUGUUACUGACAAAGCAUCGAUAUUUACACUAUGAAUGUAGUCCCUCUGUCUUACAUUUUGAGGCAGGGUGUAACGUUUUGUCCAGAUGUAUUUAAUCAGUGUGCAUGGCUAUUUUGGUCACUUC